CCACUUCAGCUCCCGUUCCCAUACUGUCUCCAAACCCGUUCCCAUCCAAUGCUCCCGUAUUUUCUGGUCAAUCAGAUCGCUGUCAUCUCUACUCAUAUGAGACCUCCAGUCGCCGACAAUACCCUUACGGAAGUGCACUCUAGCCGUUGAUUGAGAGCUUUUCAUGGCCUUAAAACUGGUCUCUCGUAUAAUGCGAUCCAAAAGUAUCUCAUCAGUGGUUGUGUGUCCGCACCGGUCGUACAGUCGGUCCACAUAUUUGUGUCCCAAGAAUGAGGCGAUUCUCACAAUACUGUCCCUCGGAUUCGCUAACAUCUCCUCAUAGUACAGUUGCUGAACAUCCGGUGCUCCCAAUACGAGAGCGUGGCGUCAAAGUAGUUCUCAUAAGGCAUACGAUGUCCGGGUAUCCAUACAUUUUGCACGUACUUAUUGAUGUGGACCUCAUACUUAUCUUUCAUGAAGUGAUACCACGAAACGCAUACGUCUUUCGGAUUUCGCAAAACCAUUAA